AUAGAAAGUUUAUUGUCAAAUUUAUGUCAAAAGGCAUUGUGUCGUGUCGUAUUUAUAGGAAUUCAAUAAAUUUCUAGUAUCAAAGGCGAAGUGAAAUGAAAUUACGAUUUAAUUCAUUCGAUAUAGUAUGUGGUGUUACGGAGCUCCAAUGUCUGGUUGGACUCCGGGUCAACCAAAUCUAUGACAUCGACAACAAAACUUUUCUGAUUCGUUUUCAAGGUGGCGGAGAAACUAAAAAGGUGCUUCUUCUGGAAUCUGGUAUACGCUUUCAUACAACAUCCUUUGAAUGGCCAAAGAACAUGGCUCCUUCUGGAUUCAGUAUGAAAUUGCGAAAGCAUUUGAAGAACAAACGUUUGGAACAGUUUUCCCAGGUUGGCACGGAUCGUAUUGUAGACUUGGUAUUCGGUACGGGAGAAGCUUCUUAUCAUAUUAUAUUGGAACUCUACGAUCGGGGCAAUAUAAUAUUGACUGACCAUGAAAUGAAAAUUUUGUACAUUUUGCGUUCUCAUCAAGAAGGAGAAGAACGUUUUGCCAUACGCGAAAUAUAUCCCAUUGGUCGAGCUAAAAAAGAAAAUCCCAUACCCAGCAGCGAGGAAUUGAAGGAAAUGAUUUCCUCUUCGGCACCAUGUCAUAACUUGAAGAAUAUGGUAAUGUCCAUCAUAGAGUGUGGACCUGCGUUAGCAGAUCAUAUUUUGAUGAAACACCAAUUGGAUAAUUGUUCUAUUGGCAGUUUCGAUAGUAAAGUCGAAGGAAGUGAGGACCAUCAAAAAAAGGGGAAGAAAAAUAAAAACAAGCGUGAAGUUGCAAAACAAGCUAAUAGCAAACCGUUUGACAUGGAAAAUGACUUGCCAAGAUUUAUUGAUGCUCUUGGAGAGGGGUAUGAACUAAUGCAAACCGCCCGACAAACUGUAAGUAAAGGGUAUAUUGUGCAAAGAAAAGUGGAAAAACCUACAACGGAAGAGGGAGCCCAAGUAGAGCAUUUCUAUCAAAACAUUGAAUACCAUCCUUUGCCAUUGUGUCAGUACGAAGGUGAACCUAUGGCCACAUUUGAUACCUUCAUGUUGGCCGUCGAUGAGUUCUAUUCAACACUAGAAGGACAGAAAAUUGAUAUGAAGACCUUGCAACAGGAGAAAGAUGCUCUGAAAAAGUUAUCAAACGUCAAAUUGGAUCACGCCCAACGGUUGGAAAAUUUGGCAAAAGCCCAAGAAGUUGAUAAGCAAAAGGCAGAAUUAAUUACCGCAAACCAGGUUCUGGUAGACAAUGCUAUAUUGGCAAUCCGUUCAGCUAUUGCGAAUCAAAUGUCUUGGCCUGAUAUACACGAGUUAGUAAAAGCCGCCCAAGCAAGUGAUCCAACUGCGGCAUCAAUCAAACAAUUAAAACUUGAAAUCAAUCACAUCACUUUGAAACUAAGUGACCCUUAUGGAACCGGUGAGGAUGACGAUGAAAAUUCAAUGCCAACCUUGUUAGUGGAUGUUGAUUUAGCCUUGUCAGCCUGGGCGAAUGCGCGAAAAUACUAUGACCUGAAAAGGACAGCAGCCGAGAAAGAGAAGAAAACCAUUGAUGCCUCACAAAAAGCCUUAAAGUCAGCCGAAAGAAAAACUCAACAAACGCUAAAAGAUGUCCGAACCAUCUCUACAAUUUCGAAAGCCCGUAAAGUAUAUUGGUUUGAAAAAUUCUAUUGGUUUAUAAGUUCAGAGAAUUAUUUGGUAAUUGGUGGCAGGGAUGCCCAGCAAAACGAACUUAUUGUCAAAAGAUAUAUGCGUCCCACUGACAUUUAUGUACAUGCGGAGAUUCAGGGUGCAUCAAGUGUUGUCGUCCGCAAUCCAAGCGGUGGUGAUAUUCCCCCCAAAACACUCAUAGAAGCUGGCACUAUGGCUAUUUCAUAUAGUGUUGCUUGGGAUGCUAAGGUUGUAACGAAUGCGUAUUGGGUACGUAGCGACCAAGUCAGCAAGACUGCACCUACAGGCGAGUACCUUGGAACUGGUAGCUUCAUGAUACGUGGCAAGAAAAAUUUCUUGCCUUCCUGUCAUCUUAUAAUGGGACUGACGUUGCUAUUCAAGUUGGAAGAUAGCUUUAUUGAAAAACAUCGCGGCGAGCGAAAAGUUCGUACCUUCGAGGAAGAACGGGAACAAGCGGAGCACCAUAUUACGACAGAAAAUGAAAAACUCGAGGAUGUGGAGGAGGUCGAAAUAGAACUUGAGGAGGAAGAUGAAAGCUCACAUUCAGAAUUUCCAGAUAUUCAAGUAAAGGUUGAACAUGACACAGGAUGUAUAACAAUAAAUAAGGAAGAAAAAUUAAACAUGAUUGAGGAGAAAAAUAGAAAAGAACAAGUUGACUCCAAUGAUCAACAAAAGGAUUUGGGGGAGGAAGAGGAGGCUACAAUUAUUGCGGCUGCGCCAUCGCGUAAAAAACAACAAAUGAAUGCUAAGAAACGCAAGGAAGAAAAGGAACGAAAAACGCAGCAACAACAGAUCCAAACGCAGAUUUCAGAGGCUCCAGAUGCCCGAAGCAAUCAGGCUAAACGCGGUCAAAAGGGAAAACUUAAGAAGAUCAAAUCCAAAUAUAAGGAUCAGGAUGAAGAAGAACGUCAACUGCGAAUGGAGAUCCUUAAAUCGGCAGGCAAGAAAACAACUGCCCCCACAUCCGAUCCUAAAUUGGAGGAAUGUGCUAUUGCUUUGAAAAAUGCUAAACCCAAGCAACAGCAAAACUUUGAAGCGAAAGCCACGCAAGACAACAACAACGACGAUGAUGAUGGCGAUGAUAAAAAUACGGGUGCUGAUGUUGAUAUGAUUGAUUCGUUGACGGGACAGCCGUUUGAGGAUGAUGAGUUACUAUUCGUUAUACCUAUGAUUGCUCCCUACCAAUCCAUACAAAAUUAUAAAUACAAAGUAAAACUUACACCCGGUACUGGAAAGCGUGGUCGUGCCGCUAAGACCGCUCUAACCAUGUUCGGUAAGGAUAAAAUGUGCACCAAUCGUGAAAAGGAUUUACUUAAGAGCAUUAAAGAAGAAGCUUUAGCACGCAAUAUACCAGGAAAAGUUAAACUAUCUGCACCACAAUUACAAAAGUUCAAGAAAUGAAAUCAAAUUUCAAUUGUUAUGAAUGUAAAUAAAGGACUGUAAAUAAAAAAUUGUUGUUUUCUUUGUUU